CCUCCCCCUAUUUAUCAAACCACAUUUCAUAACACCCUCCUUCAUCUUCCAUUUCACAACACCCGCACCUCCACGCACGCGCACAAAACACACAUUACUACAAUCACCGGCACCGGAGAAACAUAUAACCUCACUUCAAAUUACUUUCGAAGACCGCGCGCCACCGACCUAUCCACCCUACCAAUAUGUCGUGGCAAACCUACGUUGACGAUCACUUGAUGUGCGAUAUCGAUGGCCAAGGCCAGCAUCUCACUGCUGCCGCCAUCAUCGGCCAUGAUGGUAGCGUCUGGGCUCAGAGCGCCAACUUCCCUCAGUGCAAGCCCGGGGAGAUCACUGACAUCAUGAAAGACUUUGAGGAACCAGGUCACCUUGCUCCCACUGGGUUACACCUUGGUGGCACAAAGUACAUGGUAAUCCAGGGAGAGGCUGGAGCUGUCAUCCGUGGGAAGAAGGGAUCUGGGGGCAUCACUGUAAAGAAAACUGGCCAAGCUCUUGUUUUUGGGAUAUAUGAAGAACCAGUGACUCCAGGGCAAUGCAACAUGGUUGUCGAGAGGUUGGGAGAUUACCUCAUUGAUCAGGGCCUGUAAGCCAGAGUUGCAUAAAUAUCAUCAUACUAGUAUUCAUUUUUGGAGGGCACGAGUAUUGUUCUUUUUGUUGUCCUUUUGUUUGUUGGUUCCAAGUUUGCAUCUUCCUCCUCCUUAAUCCCUGCAUUGGCAGCGAAGAUCUUGCAGACAAUAACUAUGUGAGAAGUAAAACGGUUGUUUGGGUUGUAUGCUUUUAAGUUUUGUACUCUUUUUUCUUUUUUGCUUUUUUCCAUUUAUAUUUGCUGGAAUUGUAAGCACCUUUCUUGAAUAUAUAUUUUGAAUCGAAUAUUUUGCUGUAAAA